GGCCGGGGUGACUCAGCCGCCGCUCGCCCCGCGGUCCGCGCGUCCGCCGGCCUCGCAGGCGGGGCGGAGAAAAUGGCGAUGCCCCCGGCCGCCGUGCCCCCCGCCCGGGCCCGGGAGCCGCCGGGGCCCCGCGCCGCCGCCGCCAACGCCGCCAACGCCGCGCCGCCGCUCGGCCUGCAGCAGCUGUCGGCGCUGCGGCCCGAGCCGGGAGAGGUCCCGCUGCACUCGCCCUGGACCUUCUGGCUCGACAGAUCCCUUCCUGGUGCCACAGCCGCUGAGUGUGCCUCGAAUCUGAAGAAAAUCUACACAGUACAGACAGUGCAGAUAUUCUGGAGUGUGUACAAUAAUAUCCCUCCUGUGACUAGCCUGCCUUUGAGAUGUAGUUAUCAUUUAAUGAGAGGAGAGAGGCGACCACUUUGGGAAGAGGAGAGUAAUGCGAAGGGCGGCGUAUGGAAGAUGAAAGUCCCCAAGGACAGCACGUCCACAGUUUGGAAAGAGUUGUUGUUAGCGACAAUCGGGGAACAGUUCACAGACUGUGCCGCUGCAGAUGACGAAGUCAUAGGAGUCAGUGUCAGCGUUCGCGACCGGGAAGAUGUCGUCCAAGUCUGGAAUGUAAACGCCUCUCUAGUGGGUGAAGCGACCGUGUUAGAAAAGAUCUAUGAACUUCUGCCCCACAUAUCUUUUAAAGCAGUAUUUUAUAAACAACCCGAAAGUUUGCAAGAGGAAGAGAGCGCGCGGCGAGCAAGCGGGCAAGGGGCAGCGGCAGCGGCAGCGGCGCCGGGGACCAUGGUGCUGCCGGCGCCUCCUCCGCGGGCGUGAAGGCGGCGCUCCCACUCCCUCCCCGGACUCUGCGGGGGAUUUUUUUUUUUCCUUUGGUUGAUGGUAGUAAUCCCACCAGGUGAUCAAAUACUGAAUUUGUGAAUCAAGCCAGCAAGCCACGUAAGUUUGCAUUUGGGCCUGUGUAUUUCCUAAAUGAUCUUUCUCGUGACUACUUACACUGGUCUGUAGGCCACUUUGCCAUAAUGCAUGCUGUCCAAGGAGCCAUCUUAAACCGAUUUUAAAAAAUACUUCUCUUCCAUGGUACUCAGAUGAAUUAAGGUUAGAGGUGCCAAAAGCUGGAACAUCGGCAGGCCAUGAGAUGAAACAAAAUUCCUGAAACAGGGGAAAACCUGGCCAAAUAUGGGGUAUCCUAUGCAUGACAGUUGUUUUUUGUUUUUUUUAAAACCCCCCUCUCCCCUGGGACAUACAUAGUUUAUUUCAAUGUGCAUGUGAUGAUGUGGUUAAUGGAAAUUAAGCCUAUUUGGCUGGUGUCGCCAACCUAAAAAUAAAUGUUGCAAGGAAUGUUUGAUUUCAAGAAGUGUUUUGGUUUUUCAUCCUAUAGAUAAUAUUCUUACAAUUAUGACUACAAGGCUGGGAUUCCGGAAAGAGGAAGUACAGUGGCGUGAAGUGCAUGACAGUCGGGAGAGACAAUUAGUGUUCUUUGUUUCUUUAAUAAGUUAUUCUUAUUAAUUACAGUCAGUUGGUGUUAAGGCAUUUUUCGGGUUGCAUUUAGAAGCCAGUUCCCAUUCAGGGGAGGGUUGUGCCAGGAGCUAUCUGCUUUCCCUCAUGCUCUUAUACCCAGUCAUGAGACCUAUGGACCAAAUUAGCUGUGGAUGUCUCUGCAAGGCUUGUUUUUCUUUUUGAAACCCCUUGAGGGCAGUUUUUAAUAUAUGCCCUGCCUUGUGCACAACAGGUGUUUGUUUGGUAGUUAUUUUACGGGAUUUAAAGUGAGAAAAACAUCUCCUACCUCGCCAGCCCCUGGGAGAGAGAACUGACUGAGAGAGACACCGUGGUACCUGAGCAAGUGUGGAUGGGCUUUUCCUGAAGGCUCUCCACCAGCUGUGCUAUUUAAAGAAGGUGGGGGAGGGGGCUCAAUUUCGUGCCUUGAUAUUUGCAAUUAAGUUGUAGUAAUUCAAGAUUGCUGAGAUAGUGCAAAGGGCAGUGGGGACUUUUUAGUGGUCUUCUCUUGACGCUUAAAGCUGCUCAGUCAUGGGGUUAAAUUAGUUUCUUCAAUCUGAGUACUUAAAGUAACUAAAUCGUAAACAAAAUUUAUAUUAGUUCCUGACAACUAAUAAUCUAUUUAAAUUACAUUAAAGUAUCUAGGCAAAAAUUUAAUUAAAGACAGAAGUACUGUCAAGCCCUGUAAAUAUCUUGACAGGUCUACUCAAAUGGAACUGAUAUCACGAAAUAUUUACAUAUGUCUGGUGUGUUCGGGAACAUCUCGGCAGUGCCUGUGCAAAGCUAAUUGCACUUUCUUUCCAAAUCACAUUUUUAAUAAAAUAGUUUCUUUUCUUUUUUUUUUUUUUAAAAGGAACAUGAAUACAUACAAAAUUGUGUUCAAAUGUUGUGUUUACUAUUUAGUUCUCUCUCCUUAGGAGCACUCUGAUGGGUCUAUUUCCUCCAGCUGCUGCUAAUUCAGACAAGCGGCUGAAAUGGAGGGAUCGCCAACUAGAAAACUCAUGUCAUUUUGUUUUAUUUCAACAGUUUGUAGAUAGCAGAGGUUAGUGUGUUAUGGGACAAUUUGCUGAGGGGGAAAAAUGGGUAUAACAUUGGCAUUGUGAGGUUCCUAUUUAAAUUAAUUAAAUAGAAUAGAUUUACUUAGGAGGGGACAAAGGUUUUUCCUCCUGAUUUUUGUAUUUGGAUACAUGUUUAUUUCUCAGUAGUAAGUUGGGUGGACAUCUACAUUUUGCUAGAUUACUUGAUUUUCGCUGAUACUGUGAUCAGCUGUAUUUACUAGGACCCUGAAUAAUAUUUCUACAUCAGGCUCAAAAACUGAAUUCCUGAGGUUUCUUUUUUCUCCCUUCCAGCUCUGCAUUUGAGUCAUAAUGUGAUUUUUCUCCGCUCCAGGUUUCCUGUCUGUGAAUUAGGGGUAGUAUUUUAAGGUAUGUUCUCCGUGCUUAGUGAUCUAAUGGCACAGGUGCUGUGUUAUUACUCAGAUUCUUUAAGAUAUUCUUGUUGCUUUCCGACAUUGACCACAGCUCUUGUGGGGGAGGAUGUGGUAUGUGUUUUGCCUCUUUCUCCUCCUGUCCCAGAGCCCGAGUUGGUGAUGCCUGAUCAGAGGUGUUGGCAGCCUCCUCUCCUGGGGACAGGUGAGCACAGAGAUGGAACACAGAUGCUCCCAUGUGAAGUGGAAGGAAGUUGCAGUUGGUCCUAAUUCAACAUGUGGCAAAGAGGGGGCUUUGCUCACCUGCUUCCAGGUCAUUGUGUGUGUUUGUGUAUGUGUCAGAGAAUUUUAUGAAAACACAGAUUCUUGGAUCGGAAUUUUUGCUGACUGAUGAGAGAAUGCGUUUUAAACAAACUUCUCCUGGUAAUUCUGAAGCAUACUAAACAGAGGACUGUGGACCAAGUGAUUUGUACUGCUAGAGAUUCCGGAACUGAAAUCUUUAUCUUCUUUUGGAUUUUUCUGGUGAAUUUUUUGUUUUAUCUUGAGGCCUGUAUUAUUUUUAAUGAGUUCGGAUUUCCAUUAACAAUCAAAACUGGUGGUUUUCUAAGUAUGUAUGAAUAUGGGAAUCACGGCGGAGCUCUGGUUCCUGACACACACAUAGCUGCUCUGCUCCAGGGUGUGCUGUAUCUGGGGUGGGGCCAGGGUUUGCAUUUGGAAAAAGCUCCCCACGUGAUUCUGAUACCCACCAGAGUGGGAGAACUGGACCCCUCCAUUGUCAGAGUUGGACGAAAGCCUGCAACUCUCCCAAAGGAUUUGACUUCACUGUUUGGACCUCAUGAAAUCUGAGAGGCGUGCAGGCUCCCUUUUGAGUCAGGCACCAAAAGAAACAUAGAUACGUAGAGAAAUAGAGGCAGAACAUGGGCGUUGCAGUUCCACAGAGUGGUGGGAACAAGCUGGAACAUCAGUAGCUUUCGCCAAGUACCAGACGUUUCCUUUCACAUUAUGCCCUUUUUGCGUCCAUGUUUCCAAUGGGCGUUGUCAUGCUGUAGCUACCAAUUAGUGUCAGAUGGCUUUCUGAAGUCUUUUUUUUUUUUUUUCUUCUGAGUAUUUCAUCUUAAUUUUAAAAUCUGAACUGUUUACUCAUUAGAGUAACCCUGCUGGCACAAGUAUUUCGAUUUCCUUAGGCAUCUUGGGACAUUCCCUACCAUUGUAUGUGAUGGGGUCUGGAGGAAUAUUGAUGAAAAUAGCUUAGCCAACAAUGCCACACAAAUAAAGCAGAGUUCUAAGAAGAAUGCAUCCUACAAGAUUAGGAGAUAAAGGAAGAUAAAAUGCUAAGAAGGCUUGUUUAAGUAUUCAGGACUUCAGCUAAAGAUCUAACCACUAAGAUCAAAAGAGUUUUUAAAAUAAAAGUUGUACAGGCAUUUUUUUUGGGUCUGUAUUAGUAACAGUGCCUUUUGAAGUUACUAAAGUGUUUAUCUAAAAUGCCCUCACCUAAAUUUAAAAAAAAAAAAAAAAAAAGAAAAAUUCCAUUUGACUUUGGGUGUGGCUUAGUUUUAACAGACACCAAAAAGUUGGCAAUUGUGUUUAUGUUUAGAACCUCACAGUUGCUUGUCUCUAGGUUCGGGAGGCAUUUGGAAUAUCCCUGUAAUACAGAGUUCUUUUAUUGCUGUUUGGACCCCGAAGUACUUUUUCAAAAAAUCGCUGAUAGGUCAAGUUUUACAACUAGCUGUCUCUACCCUUGAGUAAAGGGUUUCCAUAAAGGAUAAAUGGAACUGAUUGAAAAAAAAAAAAAAAUAGAUGGUGCCGAGGAAGAGGACAUGUAGUAUUACCACUGUCCCUGGUUGAUGAAAUCUACAGC